AUGCAACCCAAAGAUGAUAUUUCAGCUAAGUAUGUCGGUGGAUUGAUCAAGUUGAAUCGUGAGACGAGGGUCUCUUCUGCUACUGUUGCCCGAGUCAGGAAUUGCAAGCAGCCUCCUCCACAAGCAAAGGCUCGCUCCAAGAGUGAUUUGAAUGAUGGACGGCAGGAACCAGCUGGGGCCUAUUCACCACCUGCUGUGCCGUUGGAUGCUCCAGCCAAUCCACCAUCAUUGCAGGGUUCCAGCACUCCAAAUGCCGCGUCGCAACCGGAGAAGCCACCGGAGCGAAGGAAGCAGACGGUGCGGAUUUUCUACAACGGCCAUGAGCUGACAACCAAAGAGAGUGUGGUGCAAGUGUUGGUACACAAUGCGAAGUCCAGCCCCGCAGAGGAACUCAACAGAUCGAUCAAACGUUCGAGGCGAACAGUUGGUGGUCGCUUCUUGGCAUCCAUAGAGGAGAACUCCAGCUCCGGAGAAGAUUCUUCAGCACGUCGGAAGACACAAGCCCGAAACUUCUUUUGUGGCUCCAUUUGGGGCAAAGUCCAUCACAUGACUUUCGAGCUCAUCCCUGAUGCAACCUCUCCACGUGAGGCCAAAGACUCCACACAAGAAGAGGAGCCAUCAGUGGACCCGCCAGUGAUGAUCGUCUCAUCUGACAUGGACUGGCUUGUCACCGGACUCAGAAAACUGCCUGGAAACAGAAGGAUAUUUCCUCAAAGACAAGGAACGUAUAUAUUAGAGUAA